AUGUCCAUGCUAGUUGCCCUCGGGUUGCUCACUGCGCUGCUUGUUGCGUAUCUCGUGACAUCGGUAGGAAGACGAGGCUCGAAACUCCCACCGGGGCCACCGACGCUCCCCAUUAUUGGAAACUUGCAUCAAAUUCCGACCACGUUCACGCACUUGAAGUUUGCAGAAUGGGCAAAGCAGUAUGGUGAAAUUUUUUCACUCAAAAUGGGCCCUGCGACCUGCGUUGUCCUCACGUCGCCGCGUCUCGUCAAGCAACUUGUAGAUAAAAAGUCGAAUCUUUACAGCCAUCGACCGGUUUCUCAUAUCGGCUACGAUAUUAUUUCUCAAGGCGACCACAUCCUUCUCAUGCAGUAUUCGGGUAAAUGGCGAGCAUGUCGCAGAUUAAUUCACCAAUUCUUCAUGGAGAGCAUGGUGGUCAACAAUCACCUUGCCCUCGUGGACGCCGAGGCUGUCCAGAUGGUUCGCGACUUUGUCGAGGAACCAGAGAAUUAUAUGCAACACCCAAAACGGUUCAGCAACAGCACCAUCAUGAUCUUUGGAACACGAACGCCCGACAUAAAUGCCACCCACAUGAAGAGGCUCUACCGCCUCAUGGAGGCUUGGUCCAACCUGCAAGAAUUCGGCAGUACCCCUCCCGUAGAUAUCUUCCCUCUGAUAAAGUAUCUCCCUGAGAGAUUGUUUGGCAACUGGCGUACUCGAGCACAACACGUGAGCAAACAAAUGAACAGUCUUCAUCAAGAGUGGCUCAACAAGGUCGUGGAGAGGCGAAAGUCCCAAGGACCCCGCGACUGCUUUCUCGACCGCGCGCUCGAUCAAGAGGACAGCGGCAAGCUUCCUCUCGAUCGACACGCACUUUACUUUCUGGCGGGCACACUCAUGGAGGGCGGUUCGGACACCACCGGCUCAGUCCUCGUCACCUUCCUCCACGCCAUGACGAAAUGGCCCAACGUCAUGAAGAAGGCCCAGGACGAGAUUGACAGCGUAGUAGGGGAGGACAGAUCGCCCACAUGGGGAGACUAUGCACAACUGCCCUAUGUCGCCGCUUGCGUCAAGGAGACGCUGCGCUGGCGCCCGGUCAUUCCUCUCGGCUUUCCGCACGUCGUGGGCGAAGACGAUGCAAUCGACGGCAUGGCGAUUCCAAAAGGGAGCCAAAUCAUCAUCAACGCCUGGGGCAUGCAGCAUGAUCCAGAGCGAUUCGCCGAUCCAGACACUUUCAACCCCGAACGCUACGUGGGCGUCCCGCAGCUGGCGUCGGAGCUGGCGAAUGGUGACUGGGAGAAGCGCGACCAUUAUGCCUACGGGAGCGGCAGAAGGCUGUGCCCGGGGAUUCACCUCGCGGAGCGCAGCUUAUUUAUUGCCAUGGCAAAGCUGCUCUGGGCGCUGAAUAUCGAGGCUGGUGUCGACGCGGAAGGCCGCGUGAUGGAUGCUGAUGUCAGUGCCGAGGGAGCCUACGCGUCCGGGCUGUUGGUCUGCCCCAAGACGUUUCCUUGCAGGAUUACUCCCAGAUCUCAGGCUCGCAAAGACACUAUUAUGAGAGAGUUCGGCGUGGCUACAGCCGAGGUUUUUGCGAAAUAUAGCGACGAUAAGGAGUGGUGA